AUGUCAUAAGAAUCAGUUUCAAUAAGCACUUUGAUUCAAAAAAAUGCACAAUAAAAUGUAAAUUAAAUUAUGCUAUGCAGACUUAAUAUAAUUGGGUCGGAGUUUUAGAAUUUUUACAUGAAUAACAUAAAUAAAUGUAAUACAAAGAUUGUGAAUGGGCAUUAGAGAAAUCAUAAAUGCAAUAGAAAAUUAAUGAAUUAGAAGGAGUGGUGAAAGGCUAAGAGAGAGUUAUAACUGAUUUAGGAAAAAGAUGUAAAAUGUUAGAAGUAGCCUUGAGAUAAGAAAGAUUGAAAUAUCAAUAAAAUGGAUAAGCUCCUGAUUAUUUGAAUUAAUUGUUAAAGGAAAACAUUGAAAAUUAGAGUUAAAUUUAAAACUAUUAAACUAUUCCGAAAAGAAAGGCAAAACCUUAUCGUCCAUUAUUGCAAAAGUAUGAAUAAGUUAGUUUAAAUUAAGAAUAAUUCAAGAAGUUGGUUUAUAAUCAAUUUUCUCUCCACCUAGUUCUCCAAAAAUAGAGCAUUCUAAUAGACCCUCAGUUAUGUUAACACCUAAUUAGAAUGUUACAUCAAUAGUUCAAAAUUCAGGUCGACAGAGUCCAACAAAUAUGAAUAGUACAAGUGGAUUUCCAACUCAUAAUAGAAGCAAAUCACAAAAUAUAAAUGAAGAAUAAGCAUAAGUAGCUUCAAAGGACCCAGUUUAAUUAUAAAAUACUUUAAGACAUCAUUUAGAUGGGGUAAGGGAUGCAUAUUUUUUUAACAAUAUGACAAUUUUAGCCACAGUUUCUGAAGAUUGUUAAUUGAAAUUGUGGGAUUAUCAAAAUUAUUAAUAAUAGCAGAAUUAGAUUGAACCAUAUUUAACAUUAAGGGAUCACACAGGGCCAUUAUUUGCAAUAGCAGGAAUUGAAUAAAGAAUGAAAGGAAUAUAGAAUACAAUAUUUAGUGCAGGUGCUGAAGGAGCAAUAAAAAUGUGGUAUUUUCCAUUACCAGAUGAAUGUGAUUAAUUAGGAUAAACUGAAGAAUUUUAAUAAUGUAGAAUGACUUGGUAAGCUCAUUAAGAUGCUAUUUGGUAAUUAAAAGUAAAUUCUCAAUAAAAUUUAUUAUUAUCUUCUGCAGCAGAUUCUCUUAUUAAAUUAUGGCCAAUCUCAGACUCAUAAUCUGAACCUAAAUAACUUUAUUAAUUUGGUUAGAAGAAUCAAUAUGGUCAUUUUGUAGAUUCACCGACAGCUAUAUCUUGGUUAUAACAUAAUCAAAAUUAUUUUGCAUCAGGUUUUAUGAAUUCUUGUAUUCUUUCAAUUUUUGAUACUGAAAAUGGUAGAAAUGUGUAAAACAUUAAAUAUUUACAAGAGAAUAAUACUUAAGCUUAAAUAAAUUAAUUAACAUAAUUUCAAUAGUCUUGUCUAAUAUCAUCACAUGAUGAUGGUAAAUUAAGAAUCUUUGAUCUUUAAUAAUGUAUUAAUGUAUAAUUAGUAUAGCUAAAUUAAUAUCAUAAAUAGUUUGUGGAAACGAACCAAUUACUUCAGCUAUUACAAAUCUUAAUAAUACUAUGAUAUAUAUUGCAACAGGCAAUGUUAUUAAGUAAUUGUAUUUCUUAUAUUUUUAAUAGAGUUUGGGAUACAAGAAGAUAAUAAUUUAUAUAAGAACUAUAAGGACAUUAAUCUAAAUAUGAUGAAAAUAUUCAUAAUUUAGUUCAUCAUUCAAGUUAUAAUUUAUUUGCAUCUCUAGGUGCAGAUGGAUAAAUUAAAUUAUUUUCAUCAAAAUGA